AUGACAAAAGCCAAAUUACUCAGCACCUUGACAACUUUUUCUCGAUCACAGCAUUUGUAUCCUGGUAGUCACUCGCCCAUAUGCGUUGCUUAUCUCACCUAUUCACCGACUCUACCUACCCUGACAAGUGACUUGUCCAAGUUUCUGCGCUUUAAAGUUCCGAUUUGUCAAGAGAAUUUCCGUUGCGAAAGGAAUGACACGACGGUACCGAAUUUUGAUGGCAGACGGUUCUCGGACUACAACUGGUUUGAGCAAUGGCAACCCGCCCUCUCCAAUGUCUGGCCACGACAUGGUCACUACUCUUACUUAUGGCCAAAGUUGGCCGAGUCGCAGCCAUAA